UGUGCAACCAAAGAUUUGUUGUUUUGAGCGCCAAAGACGACAACCGGUGUGUUGAAGCGAAAAAGUGUUUGUUGUUAUUGUUAUAUCGUACUCCUGACUGAAGUUGGAAAAUAGCACUGAAAUAUUCUGACGAGUUUUACUUCGCACUUCAAAAUGAAACUAAACGUUACGGAAUGUGCGGGUCGCUUGCUGUCAAAGCCUUCGGAGCAAUCAGCGGAUGUUGUAGUAGACCGAGUCGACAGCCAAUUUCAAGAUCAUUCGAAUAGAUUUCGACUCGUAAACAAGGACUUCUCUCGUCAGUAUUUCCAUUUCUAUGCGGAGAGGCUCAGUUCUAUGAAAGAACUGUUACUGCCAAGAAUAAACCAAAAGUGGGGUACUAACAUUCCUGUGAAGACCCUUGCCGAUUUAAAAGAAGAUAGUACUGAUAGAUGUAUUAUCGUUGGUACAUUAUACAAACAUCAGGAGUUAAAGCCCAGCAUUUUAAAAGAAAUAAGUGAAGAGAACCAGCUUGUCCCUCAGCCUCCUCGUUCUGAAUACACUGGUGACGAAGAUCAGCUGAUUCUUGAGGAUGAGCUUCAACGUAUCAAAUUAAUUGGGGAGAUAAAUCCACAUGAUGUCAUCACAGGUGUGGUCUGUGCUGUGCUUGGUGCUGAGCAUGAAGGAGGCAAAUUUAAGGUUGAGGAGUACUGCUUCCCAACUCCCUCUGGACCAUCUCAACCACUUAUUCCUCCAUCGGAAGACAGGUACAUUGUGCUUGUUAGUGGGCUUGAUCUAGCAGGGAGUGCAGAUGUCUUAUUUCCAUUUGAAUUACUAGUGGAUUGGGUAAGUGGAUGGCUUGGAGAUAUUGGAGAACAAAAAAACCAGGCUCUUGUCAGCCGUAUUCUGUUUGCUGGUAACAGUAUCAGAUGUAAGUCUGCGAAUAGAGGAGCAGCACUUCAACAUGUGAGUGAAGGCCUGGAUCAAUCAAGCACCCUUGAUGCUGUUAAAACUUUUGAUGAAUUUCUCCAACAACUUGCUAGUAACAUUCCUGUUGACUUAAUGCCAGGGGAAUUUGAUCCUUCAAAUUGCACCUUACCUCAGCAACCUUUACAUUGUUGUAUGUUCCCCAAGGCCGCUGCUUACAAAACCUUGCACAGCUCUCCAAAUCCCUAUGACUUUGAAGUUGAUGGUCGCCGCAUUAUUGGCACUGCAGGCCAGCCAAUUGAUGAUAUUGCUAGUUUUACCAGGAUUACAGACCGCCUUGCCAUACUUCAACAUACAUUAGAAUGGGGCCAUAUUGCACCUUCUGCCCCUGACACAUUGCGUUGCUACCCAUUUGCAGGUAAAGAUCCAUUUAUUAUCAAAGAACUGCCAGAUGUUUACUUUGUCGGCAAUCAGCCUAGCUAUCAAAGUAAAAUAUUCUCAGGUGAUAAUGGGAAAGAAGUUCGCUUGAUUUGUAUUCCAAAAUUUUAUCAAACUAAAACAUGUGUUGUAUUAAAUUUGAGAAACUUAGAUUGUCAUACUAUGACUUUUGGAGAGCCUCUGUCUGAAGACAUGGAAGUAGAAAAGUAGUCCCAAUUAAUUUUUUAUAUUUUUGU